UCUCUCUCUCUCUCUCAAAAAUAAAUAAAGAUUAAAACAUUAAAAAAAAAAAGGCAAAGAGAAUUGACGGGUUUGGAUUGCUUGCAAAAGCGAGACACGUGACUUCCUAGCUCCCCUUUUGUCUCCGAUUGCGGACUCUAAAGAAAGACAGGAAAGCCCCAUGUUUCUCCCUUUCUUUAAAAAAAAUUAAGUCAGACUUUCAGUGUUUGCAAGAUGAAUAAAAAAGGGGUUGGCGUCUUGGAACUGACCAUAUCGACAUAACCCCCGGAGGAGGCGACUUGAUACAAAGGGAAACUGAGUCUAGGAGUGCUGGGCACCUGCAGUCCGCGCCUUCCUUUGUCCCCAUCCCCAACAGGUGACGUUCCCCGGGGCCACACCGCGCAUCAAGAAGCCACCAGACCUUCCCCGUUUUCUUUGUAGACUGUGAGCCUCGAGUUGGGCGAGAAUUAAUGAUUAACAGCCGAUGUUUGUCAGUGUGGUUAAGGGCAGCCGUGGUUACCAGGCAUCCCAGUGUGAGGGGCCAGUUGCUAAGCCACACAAAUUUAAGUUCUCAGUCUCUCUGGGGGGAAGUUUUGAAAAAUACACGGUGAAAUAAGACAAAAAGAUGUAUUGCCUUGAAAGAGCGAGCAACUGGACCGCUUUAGAUACGCCGAGAUUUUGAGAGCUCUCGCAGACACUGAUGUACUAAAAGACACCGUUACACAACAUCAGGAAUCGGGAAAAGUAAAUAUUAAAGUUGAGUGAACGUGUCCUGCCCAAGCUCAUUUAGAGGAGGAUGAAGACCAUUUUGGAAGAAGAGAAACCCUGUUGUUGAGAAGGUGGCAAACAGGCCAACAAAAUAUUUCCAGGUACGAUUUCAAAAAUUCUUUGAUUUCUCUCCAGCAAAUUUUCCUUGAAGUGCCUUUCCCUACCAUGGGGGGUGGGGGGAGGUCUUACAAAUCUUUUACAAUAGAGAAUUUUACAAAUUAGAAAGAUUUUCAAGAUCGAGGUUAAAACAAUAGCAAGUCUUGGUGCGUCUCACUGAUAGUGAGUUUUUCACAGAGCAGUUAGUUCAAUGCUUUGUGAGCAUAAGUACGUUUAUAGGUAAUGAAGACGGUCUAUGAAUAUACUUGCAGCAGACUUUUCUAAAUGGUAACGUCGUAAGUAGAAAGUCAUUUAGAGCUUCCAAGAGGUACAGAGAGAGACUUCAAAGAUGGAAAGAAAGGAAACAAAUUGGAAAAGAACACAAAAAUGGAAAAACUGGAAUUGGGGAGGGCUCGGAUGACAGCAAUGAAAAAUAUCUGGUUAACGGUGAGCUGGAGGCACUGGGGAAGCAGAGAUGGGGGGACUCCCCCCGUCCGCUCUGGGUUCUUCAGAACUAGGAAAGUCUUGAACUCAUCCUGGGGAGUGUCCUAGGAUUUGGGGAAGGUAAAAUUCAGCAUUAACGUAACAACCUGCAAAUACCGUAGAAUUCACCACUCCUCUCCCUCCCUGUUUCUUGUGAGCCCUGAUGUCAGUGAACUACUUAUAAAUUCACUUUGCAUGCUCUAAAUACAUACACAUUUUUCUUUUUGUAGGAUGAUUUUAUUAUAUCGAGUGGUACAUUUCAUUUUAUUUGCCUCAGUUUCCAGUGAAUGUGUGACUAAGCUGUUCACAGAUACCGGCUUUCAAGGCGGAGACGUGACUACCAUUUUCACGCCAAGCGCCACGCACUGUCAGCUUAUCUGCACCCACCAUCCGAGAUGUCUGCUUUUCACCUUCAUGGCUGACUCGUCGUCGGAAGAUCCUACCAGAUGGUUUACUUGUAUCCUGAAAGACAGUGUAACAGAAACACUGCCAAGGGUGAAUAUGACAGGAGCAAUUUCUGGAUAUUCUUUCAAGCAAUGCCCACAUCAAAUAAGUGCUUGCCACAGGAAUUUGUACGUGGACCUGGACAUGAAGGGCAUGAACUAUAAUAGCUUGAUGACCAGGGAUGCCCAGGAAUGCCAAGAGAGAUGCACAAAUGAUGUGCACUGUCACUUUUUCACAUAUGCAACGAAGCAGUUUCCAAGCACGGAGCAUCGGUGAGUGACCCGGAGGCUGAGCCCGCGGACAGUGAGUAGAUCGUCGCCUUGUCUGAUGGAAAACAAAAUUUCUCCUCGACUUGAUGCCAGAAUUUUUGUUUUCAGCCCCCAAACGACAUUUCUAGAAUAAGUACAGUGCUAAUAGUUUUCUUCACAGAAAGUAGCAGAAAUGCAUUCCCUUUAUGUUAAGGACUCUGUCUUUUUACUGACAUUGUUGUAUCUGCUUCACCCAUCGCCUGGCUAAUUUAAAAAGUGAUACGUUUCUUAACUGGAAGUUUUGAGACAGUUACAGUUGAUCUGACUGCGUCAUUCCCAGCCUAAGGAUUAUAGGACCGAGGGGAAAACCUACUCAGACCUCUCUAAGUAAGAGUUCCUUAUCUAAGACAGAAUAACUGAAGCCCAUGUGAAGUGUUUUAAAAUCCACCCCAAACUGGAUUUUGAAAUAUUCUGGAGAUAAAUGUGUGAGAAUGUAGA